CUCAUCAUCCGCGAUGACCCCGCCGCUGUCGGAGAGUACAUUGCGAACUAUAUCGCCAAACGCAUCAAUGAUUUUGCACCCACCGCCGAGAAGCCAUUCGUCCUCGGUUUACCGACCGGCUCCUCGCCAAUCCCGACCUACAAGGCCUUGAUCAAGCUAGUUAAAGCGGGCAAGCUAUCAUUCAAGCAUGUCGUGACCUUCAACAUGGACGAGUACGUCCACCUCCCGCGGGACCACCCCGAGUCCUACCACACCUUCAUGUUCCGCGAGUUCUUUUCGCACAUCGACAUCCCGCCGUCGCAGGUGAACAUCCUGAACGGGAACGCAAAGGACCUGAUCGCGGAGUGCAACUCGUACGAGCAGCGCAUCAAGGACUACGGCGGGAUCGAGCUCUUCCUCGGUGGGAUCGGCGAGGACGGACACAUCGCGUUCAACGAGCCCGGCUCGUCGCUCGUGUCGCGCACGCGCAUCAAGACGCUCGCGUACGACACCAUCCUCGCCAACGCGCGCUUCUUCAACAACGACAUCGCCGCCGUGCCGCGCAUGGCGCUCACCGUCGGCGUCGGCACGGUGCUCGACAGCCGCGAGGUCGUCGUCAUCGUCACCGGCCAGCGGAAGGCGCUCGCGCUGAGCAAGGCGAUCGAGGAGGGUGUGAACCACUUGUGGACGCUGUCCGCGUUGCAGCAGCACCCGUGGGCCCUGAUUGUCGUUGACGAGGACGCUACGGCAGAGCUCCAUGUGAAGACGGUCAAGUACUUCAAGUCCAUCGAGCGGGUGCAGGACGAGGUCGAGCGGAUGCACCGCGAGCUGCGGGAGAAGGGCGUGCCGGAGAGCGAUAACAAUGUGGGGAGCAUGGAGUAG